GAUGGGUGGAAAAGUCCUCUAGACUUAGACAAGGGAGAGAGGUCUUGUGUGGAGAUAGAAGAGAAACACAUGGAUGGAAACAAUACAAAUACAACACAACACAACACAACCUCGUUCAGCUUGUAAUCUCUGCUUGUGUCAUAGGAUCUUGUUGCUCAGGGAAGUUUAGUUGCCUUUGCUGAAACCGGGUUGCUCAAUUUUCAUGGCUCCUUCAGGGAACUGAGAAAAUGUUAAUGGAGAAAGAUAACUUGGAAUGGCAGUAUUUGGCAUCGCACGAGUACAUGGAAGAGAAGAGGCCUUUGGAAUUGAAUUGGAAGGAGUAUGGAAGCGUAUCCAUCAGAAGUUAUGGGAAAUUUCUGCUACCCUUCCAACAAUAGUGACUGUGUUCUUGUUUCAUGGGAAGGAAAAGGGUUUUAUUUCCUUGCCUAAAAGUUGUUUUGCACGAUGAUGGUUGUAGAUUUUCUAUCUUCUGGUUCUACUGGAACUGCCAUUUCUCAAACUGUAGAGACCAUUGCUGAGUUCAUAGUUACUGCUAAAGAUGUUCUUGUGAAAAAGGAUAGUUUUAAUGAACUUGGUGCUUACAUGGAAAGAAUUAAGCCUAUCUUGGAAGAGUUGAAGAAAGGAAAAGUCAGUGAUUCUGAGUCAUUCAACAAGGCCAUUGAGACCAUGAACAAAGAAAUCAAAGAUGCAAAGCUACUAGCUCUAGAGUGCAGCAAGAAGAGCAAGGUUUAUCUACUAAUGAACUGCAGGUCCAUUGCUAAGAAGAUAGAGGAUCACACAAAACAGCUGAGUUGGGCACUUAGUCUUCUUCCUUUAGCCACAACAGGUCUUUCUUCAGGAAUAGUUGAAGAUAUUGAAAAGCUAUGUGACAGCAUGCAGAAAUCUGGAUUUAAAGCAGCUCUAGAUGAAGAAGCGAUUUUAGAGAAAAUUGACUCAGGGAUUAGGGAAAACAAUGUUGAUCGUUCCCAUGCAAACAAAAUGCUACUUCUCAUAGCUGAAGCUGUUGGGAUUAGGAAUGAGAGGUCAACAAUAAAGUUGGAACUUGAAGAGUUUAAGAGUGAAAUUGAAAAGGCCAGGGAUAGGAAGGAGUUAGCUGAAGCUAUGCAAAUGGAUCAAAUCAUUGCUUUGUUGGAAAGGGCUGAUGCAGCUUCAUCACCUAGGGAAAAGGAACUCAGAUACUUUGCAAAACGCCAAUCUUUGGGUAGUCAAAUAUUGGAGCCUUUGCAGUCAUUUUAUUGCCCCAUCACCCAAGAUGUUAUGGUGGAUCCUGUUGAAAUUUCAUCUGGGCAGACAUUUGAGAGAAGUGCCAUAGAAAAGUGGUUUGCAGAAGGAAAUAAAUUGUGCCCUUUGACCUUGAUUCCCCUGGACACAUCAGUUUUGAGACCUAACAAAAUGUUGAAAAAAUCCAUACAAGAGUGGAAGGACAGAAAUACAAUGAUUACAAUUGCUACAUUGAAAGAAAAAAUUCUGUCUGGAAAUGAUGAGGAAGUGCUGCAUGAUCUGCAAAUUGUUCAGAAUUUGUGUGAAGAAAAAGAACAACACAGGGAAUGGGUUAUUCUGGAGGGUUACAUCCUAACUCUCAUUCAAUCUCUAUCAAGAAACCGUGAUAUAAGAAGACAUUCUCUUUCCAUUCUUGGCAUGCUGGCAAAGGAUAGUGAAGAAGCUAAGGUAAAAAUUUCAACCGCAGAUGGUGCAAUUGAAUCAAUUGUUCGGUCUCUUGGACGUAAUACAGUGGAAAGGAAGUUAGCAGUAGCGUUGCUGUUUGAAUUGUCCAAAUAUGAUUUGGCACUAGAACACAUUGGAAAAGUUCAAGGUUGCAUACUACUAUUGGUGACUAUGUCUAGUGGAGAUGACAAUCAAGCUGCUAGAGAUGCGACGGAGCUAUUGGAGAAUCUGUCAUACUCUGAUCAGAAUGUUAUUCAGAUGGCAAAAGUAAAUUAUUUCAAGCAUUUAUUGCAGCGUCUCUCCACAGGACCAGAAGAUGUUAAGAUGAUUAUGGCCAAACAUUUAGCAGAAAUGGACUUAACUGAACAUAACAGAGAGGCCUUGUUUGAUGGUGGUGUACUGGCUCCUCUUCUUCUCAUGUUCUCACACAAUGAUCUUCAGGUGAAAACAGUUGCUAUCAAAGCUCUUAAGAAUUUAUCCAAUUCAAAGAAAAAUGGACAGGAAAUGAUAAGACAGGGAGCAGCACGGCCACUACUUAACCUUCUUUUCAACCAAAGCAUAUACACUGCAAGUUUGUGGGAAGAUCUAGCAACCAUAAUCGUGCAACUUGCUGCAUCAACUAUCUCUCAGGACUCUCAAACACCUGUUUUAUUACUAGAUUCUGAUGAUGAUGUUUUCAAUCUCUUCAAUUUAGUUAAUGUCUCAGAGCCUGUUGUGCAACAGAACAUUAUCCAAACCUUUUAUGCCUUGUGUCAAACGCCCUCGGCUUCGUGUAUCAGAACCAAACUGAAAGAGUUACCAGCUGUUCCAAAAUUGGUUGAACUGUGCGAGAAUGAAAACCAAAACCUACGAGCAAGUGCUGUAAAGUUGUUUUCUUGCUUGGUGGAGAAUUGUGAUGAAGCCAUCAUACAGGAGAGCGUGAACCAGAGAUGCAUCAAUACACUACUCCGGAUCAUAAAAUCUUCAUCUGAUGAUGAGGAAAUACUUUCUGCCAUGGGAAUUAUAUGCUAUCUUCCAGAAACUGACCUGAUAACUCAAUGGCUUCUGGAUGCUGGAGCACUGGAAAUCAUUAAAAGUAGUGUCCAAGUUGGGAAAGACAGGGAUCAUCAGAGGAGAACUUUAGUUGAGAACGCCAUUGGUGCCCUUUGUCGUUUUACUGUUCCAACAAACUUGGAAUGGCAAAAAAGUGCAGCUGAAACAGGAAUCAUAACUGUUUUGGUGCAACUGCUUGAAAAUGAAACCACAUUAACAAAACAACGUGUGGCACAGUGUCUUGCUCAAUUUUCUAGAAGCUCAUUUGUGCUAAGCAGGCCAAUACCAAAGCGCAAAGGACUAUGGUGCUUCUCAGCUCGUGCUGAUAUUGGCUGCAUGGUUCAUGGUGGAAUAUGCUCAGUCAAAUCAUCAUUUUGUCUCUUGGAGGCCAAUGCAGUGGGACCACUCACAAGAACUCUUGAAGAAUCUGAUCCUGGAGUUUGUGAGGCUUCUUUGGAUGCUCUUUUAACAUUGAUAGAAGGUGAAAGACUGCAACAUGGUAGUAAAGUGCUUGCAGAUGCAAAUGCCAUACCAUUGAUAAUCAAAUAUCUUGGUUCACACUCCCCUGGCUUGCUAGAGAAAUCUCUCAAUGCUUUGGAAAGGAUUUUUCGGCUGGUCGAAUUCAAACAGAAGUAUGGAGCCUCAGCUCAAAUGCCUCUGGUUGAUUUGACUCAGAGGGGUAAUGGUAGUGUUAGAUCCAUGUCAGCUAAAAUAUUGGCACAGUUGAACGUACUUCAUGAUCAAUCUUCAUACUUCUAAAGAAUAAUGUUGAUUAACCAUGUGAAAUAGCCUUAUCUUGAUAUAUCUGUGCCUGACCUCAACUACAUGCUUGGACAGGAAAUGCAACCUUUGCUUUUUUAACAGACAUAACUGGUUUCCUCAGUGCAAUACCAUGAUGUUUCACCUACCAUGAGAACCCCACAUGGUGUUCUUCAUCAUUCUUGUAGCCAUUUUUCCAAGAAGCUUUGCAAGUGUAAACUUGGCUUGUUCUCAUGAAGUGUUCUUUAGCCCUUGAACCAAUGUGACAUAGGUUCAGUUUGGACUGUUAUUGUGUCAUGGAAGCAGCACCAUAUUGAACAUGCAGGGAUUUAUUUGAGGCCUAUAUUAAACGUCUCAAAUAAUAUAGAUUGUACAUUUGAAGAUUGAUUGUUGUUAUAGCUUGGUGUAAAAGGAAUACAAAAAAAAACUUUCGGGAAUAAUUGCAUUCUUUCUUUACUAAU